GGAACCGGGCGGCGGCGGCGCCUCACGCCAUGUCCCAUCUCCUGUGCGAGUGGCUGAACGGGGAGGUGAAGCUCUCCCGGCACCUCGUUCCAGGAUUAUUUCCAGAAGAAUUUUCUACUGGCUACCUUCUAGGAGAACUUCUACACAAAUAUGGUCUUCAGGAUGACUUUGAGCAAUUUUCAAAGAGCAGAAAUGCAGAUGCAAAAAUUAGCAAUUUUUCUCGCCUGGAACCCACAUUUCACCUCCUUGGUGUGAAGUUUGAUAAGAAAGUGGCCCAAAACAUCAUGACAGGACAGCAUGGGGCUGCAACAAAUCUUUUAUAUGAAUUGUAUAUUGCUUUAGAAAAAAACAGAAAGGCAAAGCUCACUGGUGUAGCCGUGGAACCAMUGAGACCUGCAGCACCUGCAAAGCCUAAGUCUGUUGCAAGUGGAAAUCGAGAGCAUUACGUAGAAAAAAAGAGACAAAAUGAAGUAAUGGCCAGGAAUCAAACAGCUGUUACAGAGAUUAAAAAACAACCACCAAGACCUGCCAUAAAAUCUAUUGAAGCCAAAAGAUUAUUGAAGAAGAAAAGAGAAGCACAGAAYGUAUACAAGGAGAUAGAAAAGUUUGAGAAGUCUAUGACAGGAAGUGCCUCUGCCAUCCACAGCCAGGUGACUGACAGUGAUAUGCAGGAAUUAUUGCAAACACAGAAGUUGCAAGAAACAACUCUAGAAACUAUACUAGAGACACAAACUGAGCUGUUAAAUAUUUAUUCAGACGAUGAAUAUAUAAGAAAAAUUCAAAAACGUUUAGAGGAAGAUAAGUUCGCAAGAGAGCAACGAGCAAAGAGACGAAGAAGAAUGCUAGUGGAUCAGYUAGCAGCACAUGAAAUUCAAGAGAAGGCUUACCGGGAGGAGCAGCUAAUUUACAGACUUAUGAAACAGUCUCAGCAUGAGCGGAGGAUUGCUGCUGAACUCAUGCAUGUUCGGCAUGAAAAAGAGGUGCUAAAGCAAAACAGGAUUUUCAGGGAAAAACAAUAUGAAGAAAGACGACAAAAAGAGUUCCAGGAAGCUCUUGACAGAGAAGCGGCUCUUGCAAAACAGGAAAAAAUUGAUAACGAAGAACAAAUAAUCAAGGAAAGAGAAUAUCAUGAGAGAAUGGCUGCUGAAAGAGCUCAAGCACGCUAUAAAAAGCAUUAUUCUAUAUGCUGGGAGAUGAUAAGCCAAAUCAUUGAUUUGUCAACAAAAAUAGGAGAAUAUCGUCAACGGAUGAACAACCGUGUGCCAUUCAAACUGAUACUGGAUUGGAAGGAAUGUUUUAUAAAUGGAAAACCAAUAUAUGAACAAGCUUCCAUUCAACCUUUACCAGACGAACCUAGCCCAGAACAACUUGUAGAGCUGAAUAAAAUGAGUCUGUUAGAUGAAAGAGAUUAUGGUGAAUACAAGAGUAUGACAGGGAAAUGGAGUCCAACUGAAGAGAACAGUGAAAACAAACCUCCUCUUAAUAAUAACAUACUGGGUCAUGUGCUUCGUAGAAUGAUGGAGAUGUUCUAUCCUCCAAAACCCAAAUCUUCACCUGAGUUCCCUUCAUUUCCUGUCAAGGGAUGUAUUUUGGGAAAAAUGUUUAGUGGGAAAACUACCUGUGCAAAGUUUAUUGAAAAAGUUUGCAAUAUUCAGGUACUAUCUGUUGGUACUCUGGUUCAGGAGGCCAUUGAAGCUUUUCUUAACAAUGAAAUGAAAAGUGAACACGACGUGAUUUCACAGGAAACAGAGAUUUCAAUGGAGCAGGAGAUUGAACAGGUUCCAUUUGGUUCAGAAGAACAAAAUGAGGAGGACUUACCAAAUUCACCACCAGAUCUUCUAGAGGAAACCCAAACAGAAACCACCACAGAACCUAUUUUAGACAAUUGUCCUGUUGAAGAGGAUCCAUCUCAGAAUCCAUCUCAGGAAGAAUUUGAAUCAGAUAACAGCCAAAAUGGCCUGUCUGAGCUAUCCGUACGUGCCCAGCUUGGUUCUGCAUCACAGGAAUGGUUGAAGAGAGGAAAAAGUAUUCCUGAUGAAUUAUUAAUUGACAUCCUACUGGAAGCCAUUAGCCGAAUACCACCAGAGAAGGGGUGGAUUGUGGAAGGGUUUCCAAUGACAAUUAAUCAGGCAAAGCUAUUUGAAAAAUCCUAUACAGGCUUUGAUCUAGAAGCAAAAGAUCCAAUUUGUGAAAAGAUGUCACUUGCUGUAGAUCCCAGAGUCCCUAAGGAGCCUCCUCCCAUCCCACCUGCAUUUGAUGUUUCAAUAUUAUUGGAUGUUUCAGACAGUGUGGUGCUGAACCGUGCAGCUGAUGUAAAGUUAGAAAAAAGGAGGGCAUCUCAAACUGAACAGAACAGCGAUCAAAAUUCAGAUACUGAAAUCCUAGAAGAGAGGAUUGACAUAGCCAGGGAGCAGGUGCUGCAUAGAAUUUCAGGCUUUCUGAAGACAUGGCCAAAAUUAGAGAAAUGGUUUUCAGUCCAUCGGAACACUCUAGUGAAAGUAAAUGCAGAAACAGAAGAAAGUCUUGUGUGUGAAACAGUGAAGGAAAUUAUAAUAGAAGAAAUUGCAAAGCAUGAGAACAGAAGGGCUGCUGAAGAAAUAGCACCAGAAGAAGAAAAGGUUUUACCAGUUCCAGGUGAAGAAGAGGAGGGUUUAUCAGUUACAGGUGAAGAACAAAAGAUUUCACCAGUUACAGAUCAGCCUCUUCCCUCUCCUGAGGCACCACCACCGAUUGAACCAGGAUCAGAUGAAUGGAUUUAUGUUGAUGAACCACUUGCCCAGGGGAUGGUUGAUUUUUUAGUACCUUACUGGGAAAUGGUAGAAAAUACAUAUGUGAAUACCAUCAAAACUGCCCUUAGAUGUCUAAGGGAAGAACAUUACAGAAUAGUUCAUUACACAGCAGAUAUUAGAAAACAUUUUCAAGAUUAUUUGAAACGUCCAGAUAAUAAGCAGGCGUUURUAUCUCAGUGGCAAACAGAUUUUAAUUCAGUUGCUGAUGACUUGCAAGAUGAUGAGGAAACAAAAGCUGAACUACACCAAAGAGUUAGUGACCUUAGAGAUCUUCUCUGGGAUAUCUGUAACAGCAGAAGGGAAGAAGCUGAACAGGAGCGUACUGGUAUCAUGAAUGAAGAGUGGUUACCAGAUCGUAGGGGGCUUGUAAUGAACCAUUUCUUUACACUUAUGCAGGCUGAAGUGGAUCGUUUCCAAGAUACAAAGAAACUUCUUCAGGACUAUUAUAGGACAAUGGAAGGAAAAAUCACAACAGAAGAAGAGAACCUAGUUUUUACUAGAMUCCCAUURUUAGAUAUUAUUAAUGGAGAGCAGAAGGAAGAUGAAGAUGAAUCAAGAAGGAUUCCUCUAGUUUCUUGGAAACCACCUUCACCAAGUAAUGCUGAGUCAGAAUACAGUGGAAAUGUGCGGGGGAGUGCUAAGGAUAAGCAUUCUGAAUAUGAAGUGGUCACUUAUAGGUCUGAUGAAAAUCUUAUUAUUGAUACAUGGCAAGCAGCAGUAACAGCAGUAUCAGAUAUGGUAACUGCUGAAUUAGAGGCUAGAGAAAUGGAGGAAGAACAAGAACGUCAGCUACAAGAGAUAAAUUCRAAAGCUGCAAAGAAACAACCAGGCAAAGCGACUGGGAAAGAUAAAAAAGGUGCCAAAAAGGAUUCUUCCAAAGCAUCUAACAAAAAAAAAGGAGGAAAAGCCAGUGUAGUUCCUGAAGACCCAGAGGAAGUGAGAAAACGAGAAGUGGCACUUAAAAUAAAGCAAGAAUAUUUCAGUGCCUUGAAACAUGAGGAGGCAGCCACAACAUCUCGACUAGAACUUAUAAAAGAAAAGGCUUUAGCAUUUGUUGAGGAUCUAAAAUUUAAAGCAGAAGAGGCUUAUAAAGAUAUGGAAAAGUGGCUUGGAUCCAUCUUCUUGGCAGAAGUAGCCAGUGUUGAAAAACUGAUAGAGGUUGCACGGCAUCAUGUUGAGAGUUCUAGCAAAAUCCAAUAUGAAAUUAUUUUAGAAGACACAGAUUUCUUCAUCAAUGGUGAUAUAAAAGUGUUUCCUGAUCCUCCUCCUCCCCCUGUUCCUCCACCAGAAUUUCAACGCCUAGAAACCUCUGGAAGUAAUAUUCUAACUAUUUCACAACUUAAUACACUUCAUAACCAGUUUCUACAGCUGGCACCUAAAGGUUUUCUACAAAAGAAAUUAUUUGUUGAAACUCUCGGUGGCUUGGUUAAACUGAACCUUGGAAUAAAUUGCUUUUCUGAUGCAUGGACAAACUUAACACUUACAGAUUUAGAAAAUCUGGCAUCUCCAUUCACAGUGAGCUCCGAAUUUACUGACUGGCGCAGAUUCUUGCUGGCAGUAGCACAGCCUUGGCCAGUGCCAUCUGUGACACAGCUCCUCAAAACGCUGCAUGCCUUCAAGACUGUUGAUGUCACCAGAUCAGGCUUUAUUACACUGGAACAGUAUCUGGAGGUUGGCUUAUGGUUUAAUGGAAAUGAAGAUCUAAGUGUAACAGGAAGUUGCAAAGAACCCGUGCCUUCAGACAGACUAAAACAACUCAUAAAGUUUUUCUUCAGUUUAUUUGCGUUUACCAGAAAAGACCCUGCUCUGCUGAACUAUACGAGGAUGCUGCUUUACUUUGCCUGCCACUCAGAUCCAGUUGAAGGUGUAUACAGAGCACUUAGUGUUGCUAGUGGAACACACGUUCACAGAAAAAAGAAAGCUUGUCUUCGACGUGCGGAUUCUUCAAUAUUCUYAGAUGAGAAGACUUUAAUAGAAGAUGGAAAAGAAGUUUUGAAUUACCCAGAUGAAGGAAAGAUUUCAAUGGAAUCUCUACUCAAAAUGUUUCCUAGUGAAGGAGAUAUAGAUGAAGUUUAUCACAGAUAUAGUGAUCUGCUGAAGGCAGAAAGCUAUGAUUCGAAUUUCAUCAAGAUGUACCAAGAAUUAGGUUCUGAAGACCUGAGACCCAUUGCAGUUAAACUCCUUCUGAAGCACCCUUUCAUGAAAGGGUUGAUUCACACGUGUCAAGAAUACAGUCUUCCUGAUAUAGAAAUCUUUCUCCAAAGUUCCAAAGAAACACAAUCAACUGAUGGGGAAAAAACCGCAAGUGAAGACAUUAAUAUAUGAAAAAAUGUGGUUCAUGAAUAUUAAGAAACCUUUUCUCUCAAGGUUUGUAAGAAAUGUGUCCAACUUACAACUUCCUCCGUGAGAAACGUUUUUCUGUUUAUAGUUGCAAGAGCAAAAUCCCAUUCAAAUUAAAUGUUUUCUCUUACUUCACAUAAAA